GGCGGGGCCGAGGGCGUGGGGCGGGGCAAGGCCAGGCCAGGCCGUGGCGAGAUGGCGGCGGCGGAGACGCAGGGGAUGGACCCGCUUCGCGUGGGCUUCGUGGGCGCGGGACGUAUGGCGGAGGCCAUCGCGCAGGGCUUCAUCCGAGCAGGAAAACUAGAAGCUGAGCACAUACUGGCCAGUGCACCAACUGACAGGAACCUCUGUCACUUCCAGGCUCUGGGCUGCCGGACCACCCACUCCAACCAGGAGGUUCUGCAGAACUGCUUGCUGGUCUUCUUUGCUACCAAGCCUCAUGUCCUGCCCACUGUCCUGGCCGAGGUGGCCCCUGUGGUAACCACUAAGCACAUCUUGGUGUCUGUGGCUGCCGGGGUCUCUCUGAGCACCCUGGAAGAGCUGCUGCCCCCGACCACACGGGUGCUGCGGGUCUCACCCAACCUGCCCUGCAUGGUUCAGGAGGGGGCCAUAGUGAUGGCACGGGGCCGCCACGCCGGAAGCAGCGAGGCCAAGCUCCUGCAGACCCUGCUGGAGGCCUGCGGGCAGUGCGAGGAGGUACCUGAGGCCCACGUGGACAUCCACACUGGCCUCAGUGGCAGCGGAGUGGCCUUCGUGAGUGUCGUCUCAUCCCCCACCCCCAGGUGUGUGCCUUCUCCGAGGCCCUGGCCGAAGGUGCCAUCAAGAUGGGCAUGCCGGGUGGCCUGGCCCACCGCAUUGCCGCUCAGACCCUGCUGGGAACAGCUAAGAUGUUGCAGCAGAAGGGGCAGCACCCAGCUCAGCUGCGGACAGACGUGUGCACGCCGGGCGGCACCACCAUCUACGGGCUGCACGCCCUGGAGCAGGGUGGGCUUCGGGCCGCCACCAUGAAUGCCGUGGAGGCCGCCACCUCCCGGGCCAGGGAGCUCGGUGGGAAGUAGGGAACAGGCAGGGGCUGUGGGCUGCCCCCAGUCCCUCCUUCCUUGCCCCUUCCCCAGGACUGCAGCUCCCCCACCACGCAGGAGCCUCCUGGCUGCCCCCCGACCUCCACACGAGGAAAUGAGAAGGGACAAGACGGGAAGGUUUCACAGGCAGGGGAUCCCCUCACCAUGGGAACCUCCCCCCCCCCACCGCAGGGCAGAAGGCACCAUGGCAGUGGCCCGCCGUCAGGUCUGGGGAUGUGCUGGCCAGGUGCCCCGUGUGCUCAGCUGGUGGGUUGGGGGCAGGAGCAGGGCUGCUGCUGGAGCAGCUGGGUAGGCCCUUCCGACAGCUUUCUGACUGCAGCCAGCUCGGGGGCGGGGGCGGGGGCGGGGGCGGGGGGGCACCCAAACACCGCACAGGAGACCGGCUCCCCCUCAGUGAAGCCAGCACUGGUAGGCCCCCACAUCGGUCUUGUCCUCGGGUUGACCUGCCAUGGCGGGGGGCGUCACCCGCAGGGAGCUAGCCCCUGAGAAAACAACGGGGCUGGCUGCCCUUUGCUCUUUGCCUGGCUCAGGAGGAGCUGCACCGGGUCCUUCCCUUGGGAGCCCCCACGAACAGAGCGCUGGGCGGAUGGGCCGCAGUGCUGAUCAGCAGCAGGCCAGUGCAGGGAGGUCGGGCCUAGCCGGCUGCAGAACAGGGACUUGGCUCCAGCUGGGUGUGGGCCCCCUCCCCCAGCUAAGCUCCUGGCAAGUGGCAGGUGGAACCGGCCCUGAUGACCGUUCCCUGGGUUGUCCUGGAGGGUCUCCUGGCCUGGUCUCUGACUGCAGGACAUGGCUCUUCGGCACAUCCCUGGCCAGGAAAGCCAGGAACUUGGGUCCCACACCAAGGCCAUGGGGCCUUUGGGUGGAGGAUGGGCUGCCUGCCUCUUUCCCCGACGCUGCCCCUGAGACUCCUGGAGCCUCCCCACCCCACGAAGGCCCCGGAGUGCUGGAGCUCCCCUCACUUCCACCCGGUGGCCUACUGAGACUGGGCCAGCCACAAAGUGGAGCAAGCUGCCUCCAGUUUACCAGCUGAGACUUGAAGCAAAUCAGCCCUAUCUGCACGUGGCUGAUAGCACCCCCACAGCAGUGCUCCCCCCGCUCACGCUCCCGUGCUCCAUCCCCAGCCUUCGGCCUGUCCUCCCACGCACAUCCCCAGACCUGCUGCCCCCCUCCCCGCCGUGGUCCUUCCUUGGCCAACGGGCCCUUCCACCGGUCAGAAGGGUCCGCCCGAGGCCAUUUCCACACCUGACUGAUCUGUGAGAUGGGAAUAAAGGCACCGUCUGCACCGAG